ACGCGUCUCUCUGACUUGGUGUUCCCGCCGCCCCUUCUCUCUCCUCCACUCUCUCUCUCUCUCUCUCUCUCUACACUGUCAAAAAAAGUCAUCAACAUCCAUUCAACACGACAACAACAACAAAGUCUCUUAUAUAAACCUUAAACCAAACACAAAGCCUUCAACUCUGAAGAAAAAGCAACAACAUCAACACCCUCUGUGUUUGGUUCUGUUCUACAAAACAAUGGCAAAGUCCAAGAAUAAUGCAAAGAAGUUGUCAUACAUCUCAGUUCCAUCUCAGAUCAUCAACUCCAUCUCAUCUUCUUCUCUUGAAUCUCUGCUUGAAUCUCCCAAGAAAUCUGCAAGAAGCUCCAAGUUUUUCAUCUUCAUCUUCACAAAGUUCAGGAGCUCAAGAAGACUAUUGUUCUUUUUCACUCUCUUUGUCCUUGGUUUUCUCAGCAUGCUCAAGCUUGGAUUCAACAUGGAUAUCCCAUUUUCUCCCUACCCAUGUGCCACAAUGCAGCCAGACCUCUCAAAAUCCGAGCUUGGUGUUGUUGUUGCCUCAUCACAGAAAGAUGAGAUUUUGAAAGCUUCUAGUGUGCCCCAUUUGCAGAAAGAUGAGGUUUUGGUUUCCAGUUUGCAGUUGCAAGCUAAAGGGCCAAGUGGGGUGGGGAAAGAGGAUCAGGAAAAAGAUGAGGAUGUUGAGAAGAGUGGGUUUUGGAAGCAACCGGAUGGGUUGGGUUACAAGCCUUGCUUGGAUUUCAGCAGGGAUUAUAGGAGAGCAAGUGAAGGGGUUGUGAAUAACAGGAGAAAGUAUCUCAUGGUGGUGGUUUCUGGAGGGAUGAAUCAGCAGAAGAAUCAGAUUGUUGAUGCUGUUGUCAUUGCUAGGAUUCUUGGGGCUGCUUUGGUUGUCCCUAUUUUGCAAGUCAACGUUAUCUGGGGUGAUGAAAGUGAGUUUGGUGAUAUAUUUGAUUUGGAGCACUUCAAGAGUGUUCUUGCCAAUGAUGUGCGAGUGGUUUCAGCAUUGCCAUCAACGCACCUGAUGACAAAGCCAGUAGAGGGAAGCCCUCCCCUUCAUGUCACUCCUAGUUGGAUCCGUUCUCGCUAUCUCAGAAGAUUCACCAGAGAAGGUGUUUUGCUUCUACGCGGUUUGGAUUCAAGGCUGACUAAGGAUCUUCCUUCUGAUCUUCAGAAGCUUCGAUGCAAGGUUGCUUUUAGUGCAUUGAAGUUUGCAAAGCCAGUUCAGGAACUUGGUAACAAGUUUGCGGAUAGAAUGAAAAGCAAAGGACCCUACCUUGCCCUUCAUCUAAGAAUGGAGAAGGAUGUGUGGGUAAGGACAGGUUGUCUACCUGGUCUGAGCCCUGAGUUUGAUGAGAUUGUAAAGAAUGAGAGGAUACAACGGCCGGAGCUCUUGACAGGCAGAUCAAACAUGACUUAUCAUGAAAGGAAGCUGGCUGGCCUCUGCCCCUUGAAUGCUGUUGAUGUUACUAGGCUGCUUAAAGGUCUUGGUGCUCCAAAAAGUGCAAGAAUUUAUUGGGCGGGAGGACAACCAUUGGGUGGAAAAGAGGCCUUGAAUCCAUUAAUCCAUGAGUUUCCACAUCUUUACAACAAGGAAGAUCUUGCCUUGCCUGGAGAACUGGAACCAUUUGCAAAUAAAGCUUCUCUAAUGGCUGCCAUAGAUUACAUAGUCUCAGAGAAAAGCGAUGUUUUCAUGCCAUCUCACGGAGGAAACAUGGGCCAUGCAAUUCAGGGUCACCGGGCCUAUGCAGGGCACAAGAAAUAUAUAACCCCAAACAAAAGACAGAUGCUUCCCUAUUUUCUGAAUUCAUCCCUCCCUGAAGCAGAGUUCAACAGGGUUAUCAAGGAAUUGCACCAGAAUUCAAUAGGGCAGCCCGAACUUAGGACUAGCCGGGUCGGGAGGGAUGUCACCAAGUAUCCUGUCCCUGAGUGCAUGUGCAACGACUCACAUGAUCAUUCCCAAUAGAGUAAUAUUAAUUUAUUACCAAAGCUUUUGGUUAUGAUGAUUACAUGGAAAAGGGUAUCCAAAAAUGGAAGUGAGUGCUGGUUUUGGCAACCUCUACGAUUUUGAUCCUUUGGAGACUACUUGAGAUAACUUUCAGGACAGCAACAAUUCUGAAAAGUACCAUUUUGAAGAGCUAUAAUUUGAAGCAUGCCUCUCCCUCAUUAGGCUUAAAUUGUGCUUAAUAUGGAACCUGGCUAUGUGAGGCAAUGUUCACUUCUAUCAGUCAUUGAUAGAUGAAAACAACACACAAGAGAUCAUUCUUUGAUUCUUUAUACAGAGUUUGUACAUCAUAGAUGCCAUUUUUUCCAAUGUUUAUUUCUUUGUACUACAUUGCACAAACCUUGUACAUAUAUCUGAAUAAAAUUCAGUUUUGCAUUUAGUUACUUAAAUAUUCAUGAUCA